AUGAAACAAUGGCUCGCGUCGCCGGAACCGUUCAACGGCUGUAACCAGCUUGAGCAACAGGCAUUUCACAUGACGAACAACGCCCGUCGACCACCCAAAUUGCUCUCUGUCACUACUUACGAGCCUUCCGAAUACUGCAGCCAGGAGGUGACCCUGUCUCCCUUGGAAAAUGGCAAUGGCUUCCGGUUUCGUCGGCCGUCCAUUAAUCUCGCGUUGUCGCCUUCUCUCAAUACGCCCUCCGACUUUUCAUCCUCCCCUUUUUCUGAGUCAAUCACAUCUCACCUUGACCCUCUCACCGCUCAGACCAGUGUAGCUAUGAGCCGUGAUACUAGCAUGGCUGGCACCUCUUUUUGCGGAGACGUAGAGCAUUUGAAAUUGACACCAAGUCUAUCUCAGCACACCUCAACCAACGACAACAAUUUCCUUGACAGUAGCUUCAGCAGAAGCUCAAAUCAAGUACAGCUUCGCAAACAAAGUAUAGGUACAGUACCUCUGGAUUCUCGGCAACUUCUGAGCCACACUGGUGGUGUAGCCGACGACAAAAAAAUAAGGGAUGCUUUCAAUCGCCAGCAACCUGAGCUUUCAUUCAUUGAUGAAGGCGUCGAGGCCAUGGGGCGCUCUCCAUCAACCAGAACUUCUGAUUCCGAUAAACCACGAGUGUCUGACAUGUUUCGUAGUCAGUCGAACUCGGGCAAUCGCACGCUAAUUCCUGCAAUCAGACCAAUCAUUCCGUCAACUUCAGAAUCCACAAUUGGCCCUUUAUCAGUGUCUAGCAGCCAGAGCAUGAGCCGUACAGCGUCUCAUGAAAGUCAGAAUGGUCGGGUCCCAAUAGCUAAGCUACCACCCUGCGAACGACACAUUCCAGCCAAAGCCAAGUGUGACAAAUGCAAUCUGAAACCCAAAGGCUACCGGGGUGAGCAUGAACUGCGGCGACAUCACACGCGAGCUCACGGUGAGAAGAAAACUGUUUGGAUCUGUGUUGACAAGUCGGAGGGUCAGGAUUUCUUAGCAGGUUGCGAACAAUGUCGGACUUUCAAGAAGUACAACGCAUAUUAUAACGCAGCAGCGCACUUGCGAAGAAGACAUUUCAAUGCUAAGCCGCGGGGCGAGAAGAGAAAUCGUAAGCUCAAGCCUGAAGAAAAACGUGGAGGUAAAGGAGGUGGCACUGAGCCUCCAAUGGAGGAAUUGAGAAAGUGGAUGUACGAUUUUGAGGUCGACAGCGAAGGCCUCCCUCUCAAAGAGGCAGAUUUCUUUUACACGAAGUAUGACAGCAGUGUAGCAACUUGGGCUCAGCAACUGCAGCAGGAUGAGAUGCAGUACCCGCCUGAAGCUGGGUUUGAGGGUUUUGACCUCGCCAUGAGCCCUGAUGUUAAUGCUUUCCCCACCCACAACAAUAACAUGGUAGAAUCAUCAGGGCGACGCACGUCAGUAAUGGGCUCGCCAGCCGCCCUCAACGAGCACUCCUCACCUGCAACACACGCUUCUCCUACAGCCUCCACCGCGCACAAGACUGCAACAGCUUGGAACUCGCCCCAAACUGCAUCGUCACAGGCGUUACCAAGUGAUGAUCCUCCUCUUUUCGACAAUUACGAGUACAACUUUGAUGACUUGAUGUUCCCCCCGAGUUGA